AAGAAAGUAGGGGAACUAACUCAGGCUGACAUUUCAGAAUGGAUGGCCAGCAGAUCAAAUUUAAAACUCCUCCCCCGUCGUCUCCCAAUCAAAGAAACGCACGCUCCCACCCACUUGAACCAGACGAUCCUGUCCCGUCGCCCACGAUGAAAACUACAAUUCCCAGAAUGCGUCUCGUUCCCGCGAGAGGGAAGUGUCAUGUGACGAUGCCUUAUAGAUUAAGGAAACAGCCUAGCGUGGGAUUGAUGUUUCACAAUUGAAUAAAAAGUGUCCGGAAAAAUAGAGGAAAGGCUGACUGAGGAAUUGCUAUCCAAGGGAGUUUGGACAAAAAGGAAAAAUGAUGACCAACCCUGAGAAGAAAGUAGAGAAAAGUAUCUGUGGAGAUCCUUGUGAUCAACAGCAAAACUAUGGGGAUGGAGAUGGGGAAAACCUCUGGGACACAUUUGAGCUUCUGGAAAUUGAUGGGACUGAUGAAAGAGCCAGUGAACGGGUUACAGGAAAUGAGAAUUGGUGUUCGAGGAAUGUUCUAAGGAAACAAAGGCGCUGGGAGAAGAUUGUUUCUGCAAAGAAGGACAAAAGAAAAUGUGAGAGAGAACGACGUAAAGCAAAGCAUGCUGAAGAAAAAGGCACUGCUCCUCAACUUAGUAAGCGAGAGCUAAAAGUGAUUGCAAAAGAUCGUCUUCUGGAGGCCAAGGCAACAGGGCCUCGGCUGUGUAUUGAUAUGAGCUUGACCAGUCACAUGACUAAGAAGGAAAUAAGCCGGCUUGCUGCACAGGUUAGGCGGCUUUAUGGGUCUAACAAGAAAGCUCAGAAGCCCUUUUGGGUUCACCUCACAGGGAUUGUGAAAAACAGCCCCAUUUAUGAAGCAUGCUUGAGGAUGAAUGAUGGAUUUUCCAAUUAUCUUAUGGAUGUUACUGCAGAAAGUUAUCUUGACCUAUUUCCUUUGGACAUGAUUGUGUAUCUCACACCAGAUUCUGAUAAUGUUCUUGAGGAAGUUGAUCCACAAAAAGUACAUAUUCUGGGAGGGCUGGUGGAUGAAAGCAUUCAAAAAAAACUCACUUUCCAAAUUGCCCAGGAAAGACAUCUGCGGACAGCACGAUUGCCUAUUCAAGAGUACAUGGUAAAGAAUGUCAAUGCAAAAAAUUAUCACUCAACCACCUUAGCAAUAAACCAAGUGUUUGAUGCCUUAUCAACUUUCUAUGAUACCAAGAGUUGGGAAGAGGCUCUUAAAGUUGCAGUUUCUCCUGGAAAAGGAUACAUCUUCCAAGACACACGGUGACAAAAGGGUUCAGGGUACAAAUAUGAGAAAACAAGAUUUGAUCUGCCUUUGGUAACCUAUAAUAGUCUCCUUUACCCAGCUGCAUUCCAGAUAUUUUGGACUACAAUGAUCACAAUUUCCAGCUGCAAAUUAUGGGAGUUUGACUCUAGCACUUCUGGAUAUAGACAUGUGGGGAGAGUAAAUGACUACUCAGUUUUCAUUUCUGCUUCCUGUACUUCUUUGGGGGAAAGACUGGAUCUACUCAUUGCUUAUUCUUGGUGAAUCUAUUAGAAGAAUUAAAAUAUUGUUUUACAUUACAACUAACUGCACAUUACUGGUUAGCUCUUUUUUUUGUGAGAACAUCUGUGCUGAGAAAAUUUGCUGAAAACAUCUGAUGAAUCAGUGGUUCUAUCAUAAUGUAAUGAAUGGGUAACUUCCUACACUCAGAGGCAAGGGAGCUGAGGUUAUGUCAACUUAUUUUUUUGAACAUAAAUACUUUAUUGCUCUAAUUUCAGAUUGAAGAUUGAUUCACAUUGCCACCAUUAUUUACUCUUCCAAGUACAGCUUGACUAAAUGUGCUAUGAGUGUGGAUUUUGUAAAAUUAAUUGGGUGGGGGGCGGUGUUAUAAGAUGCUUUACAGUGCUAAUCUACAUAGGUACUCAGAAGCAAGGCUAAUGUAGUAGAGCUUACUUCUUGAUAACUAAGUAUAGGAAACCUUGUGGUGAUUGUGUACAUACUUAUUUAGAUAUUAGUGCCACUAAUAGACAGAUGCAGUAUUUCUGUCUUCAAUGAGUACAAAAUUUCAACAAUCGGGUAAAAGUACAGUACAACAUUGGCAUAAUAAACUAGUUUUUUUAGAAGGGGUGCAUCCCUUUAAAAUAGAAAGUAAAAGUGACUGGAUGCAGAAAAGCCGCAUCACCUGUAAUGGGCUGUGAGGAUAACCUUGGGAGACAGGA